AUGUUGAUUCUCGUUGCUGGCGUGACUAGAUAUCUGGGGAAGCUUCUCGCCGAGUCCGGACUUGAGAAGGGACAUCAAAUCCGUGGUUUUGGUCGCUCGUCAUCCAAGCUACCUGCCAGUAUCCUGGACAAACUAGAGUCGUUCGUGCAGUGCGAGUACUACGAUGACAAAGCAGCCUUAGACAAGGCAGUGUCGGGUGUUGACGCAGUAGUAUGUGCCUAUGCGCCGACUAUGACUGCCGUCAUGGAAAGUCAGAUCUGUCUCCUCCGAACUGUGGAGCGGGCUGGGGUAAAGGUCUACCACGCACACUCUUGGAACUGUGACUGGUCGAAGCUCAGCCUGGGAUACUUCGAGUUCUACGACUGUUACAUCAUGUUCCGUCGAUACAUUGAGCUGACGUCGUCUAUCAAACCUGUGUACGUCUUCACGGGGGCUUUUGGUGAGAUGGUGCUCGGCGAGCAUGUGGGGAUUGGAUAUAUAAAGGACACACCGGAUGGGAAGGUGUUCAACCACUGGGGAGCUGGAGACGCCAAGUAUAACUUCACCUACAUGCCGGACGCUGCCCGCUUCAGUAUCGACCUGAUCACGACGGAUAGUUCAGUCCUGGCCGGCAACGGUGGGCUCUUCAGCAUUCAAUCGGGAGAGGCAAGUGCCAAAGACAUCUCAAAGGUCUAUGAGAAGAUAAAGGGGGAGAAGGUUAGACUUAGAUCGCUCGGAGGGCUUGAAGACCUCAAGGUCAAGUUGAAGGAGGCAAGGGCGACACUUCCCCCGUCAAAGUGGUUCGCCUACACGAACCAUAUCUCUCAGAUUGCGGCGAUUGAGAAGGCAUGGACUCUGGAUGACCCGAAGGUGGUAGGCGCUGUGGAUGCAGUUGGACGUUUGUUCGAUACCCAGAUUGAUCGAACGGCAGAGUUCUUGGAGUAG